GAAACGGGCGAGACCAAGAGCGCGGGUGGGUAAGGGGUGGGCGGAGGCGCGGGGAAAAGGAGCGCGUGACACAAGGCUGAGGUAAGGAACCGACACCAGCCGACGCCGCGCGUGCGCGCGCAGAUCCACACAAACGCGCGCGCCGGCCUCAACGGCUAACAAAGUCCCCGCUCUUUCUCUCAGCCGCCUACCAACCAGGCCAGCUCUCGUUCAACAAAAACAAGCAAAUCAUACGUAGCGCGCGCGCGCAGACGCGAAACCACAACCUCCCACUUCCUCCCCCCUCCCAACCCCUCUCUCUCUCUCUCUCUCUCUCUCUCUCUCUCUGGAAGCCACGCCCAUUCAUUUCCUGGCUUGAUUCCCUCCAAUCCUACCGCGCGCGGCCUUUCGCCUCUCCAUUUACAGUCCCGCCCAUUUCGUUUGCUACAGCCAAUGGCGCCCGGCUUAAUGAUGUAACGUGACUCCGUUCCCAGGAUUCUUUUGUUUGGCGGGAUUGUUCGGAGCUUGAGGCUCCGGCCGCUAGUGCUGUUGCUGGUGGGGAAUGAAAGGGGCUCCCGCGGUCUCCUCGCGCGUUAUGUUGAGGCUCAUCGGGUCCUGCCCGCUUUGCUCAUUCAGAUCAGUGGAACCUACUUCCAAGUAAGUGCGCCUAAGGUUGCUCUUUAGUAUUCCUACAGAGGGAUGCCUACCAGGAUAAGGAUGGGGAUUUCACUGCCUUCCCCCAUGCCAGCGGGUGUGGCUUGUGUGGCCUGGGGGGUGGUUUACAGAAAUAAUUCCCCCCCCCCCCCCCGCUCACAGAGAGGGAUUAGGUUGACAGGGCUAAAGUAAAGUGAUUCUGAGGAGGCAAUCUGAACAUCUCUUAACUGGGAGUAAGCCCCUUUGAGCUCAGUGGGGCUCCCAGCACAGACUACAUGCUUGAAACUUGUGUUCUGUAUUUUGUACCCUAUAGUAUUCCACCUGUGUUCUCCUUGCUGCUGCGUGGAACAGCGCAUGAAUCAGACCUUUGGAUUUUGCAAGCCAAGCAUUUUAAAUUUACUUAACAGAGUGUGGUUCGUUUGUUGCCAGAGCGCUAGAGAGAAGGGUGAGCUCUGCAAGCAAACUACAGUCAUACCUCGGGUCGAAUGUGCCUCGGGUUGAGCGCGUUCGAGUUGCGCUCCACGGCAACUCCCAAGUAAUGGAGCAUGUUACUUCCGGGUUUUGCCGCUUGCGCAUGCACAGACGCUCAAAAUGACAUCCCGCGCAGACGCGCUGUCGCUUGUUACAUUCGCUUCAGGAUGCGAACGGGGCUCCGGAACGGAUCCCGUUCGCAUCCCGAGGUACCAGUGUAAAUUAUUCCCAUAGCAUGCUUCUGCUUAACUGUGACUGUUUUAAACCUUGCUGGGGGCUCUCUCCGGCUGGAGAAUGUGUAAAGCCCCGCAUUUUGAAUCUUGGUGCCCAGCCGAUUCUUUUAUUUCUUACUUACACAUGGGUCAGAUCUGUUUUCCUGCCACACAAACCAGAAAGAGAAAAGAGUGGUUGUAAGCCUAUGUGUCGUUUGUGUCCUGCACCAUCAGAUAACUAAGAUCACAUACUUUUAGAAUCAACACUUCCUUUAAAAAAGAACAUAUGUGAUCACUGUCUCUAACUCAGUGUGGCUGGGUUGGUUGAAAUGCAAAAGCUCUUGUAUUUUUUGUUCAGAAGAAACUCUUUAGAUUUUAUCUCCCUUGAUAGCAUGACCAGCUGUAGUUGUCAAAAUGUCAACUUCCACACAGUGAUUAAAGUUACAGGCUUGUCUUCCUUCGCAUCUGGUCACCUUGGAGCCUGUCUCUUGUAUUCAGUAGCAGUAGUGUAUCCCCUAUGACAUUCCUUUGAGGUUGCUAUUGUAUACUGUACUCAUUUAAGAUGCGUACAUGUGUACAGUGGGGCUUGCUUAUGAGUAGACAUUUUAUAGGUGCCUGAGAAACCGGAUCAUCUUUAGAUUAGAACUUAGCUAUUUGUAGCACCGUUACUUUUGCAUUCCAGAGCAAGAAAUGCUUUUAAGGCCUGUUGGUUGAGGUAAUUUACAUCCCGGGAAAAGCUUGAUUAUGCUGGACAGUUGUAAUUUUCCCUGGCAUUACAUGUGGGAUUUACUAGAUUUCUGUGUCUAAUCCUGAUUAAAAAUUGUCUAAUUUCAGAUAUUUAGAUGUUUGUCACUAGUGACGAUUGGCUGGACUAAUGCCAGGACUGGAUUCAGUGGACCUUACUUCUUGAACAUCUAUAGGAAUUGGCAGCUGAAGGUGGUACCCUUCUGCUUUAACUCAUCUUUAAGUGUAAACAGUACAUGGGUGAAAGCAGGGGACCUUACUCAGCCUCACUUGCAGCCUUCCGGGGCCACAUCAAUGAUAACAAUUAGCCACCAAGGAUAUGUUCUCCCUCCCCUGUUGGAGGCAGUAUGCUCCUGAAUAUGAGUUGCUGGGAAUUGCAGCUGAGGGGAGUGUGGUUGGGUGUUGAGCAGAGUGCAGAGCAGGGCUGGUGAGAGAUGUGGCCUGGGCAGCUUUCAAGGGCUCAGUGGAGAGACUUGGAGGACUGUAUUUGGCCCCCAGGCCUGAAGCUGCCCACCCCUGGGUUAAACACUGGAAUCCUAGGUACAGUUAUCAGGAAGUGCCCUCUUUACUUAGAUAAACAUAUUUAGAAUCCAGCUGGAAGUGUUUUAUUGAACUGAAUUAUUAGUGUGAAUGUGACCUUUUUAUGGGCACAGACUGAUCCUUCCUUACUGAGGUUAAAAUGGUCUGCUUUCUGUUGCUGUAUUGCCAAACACUUAUUAUUUUUCAGAUUGGAAAAAUGCUGCUCAGAUCAAAUGCUACAUUAAACAGAAGAAUCAUCCUACUGAAAAGCAGGAGACCAACUCAUGGUCUUCUUGCAGUGGACGUAUUUUAAGGAAAUAUGCUGAUGGAUCAGCAAGAGAAGUUGUUGUCAUAUAAUGGGGAACUCCUGGUUUUCCAGCUGUCAAAACUGAAAUCCACACAAGGCAGUGGUACAAAAGUGAUGAAAUUGCACGCCAGGAGAAUGUCAUUUGACAGUUGUACUAAACAGUUUAUUGAGACGUCUACUGGGUCAUUUAGCGAUUGUGAGGAUGGUGUGGAAAUGAUUCAUUGCAGCUGUGCAUCUGACUUCAGAACAGGAAUCCUUCACCCUUGUGUUCUAUUGAAAAAGAAGAUGAAGAAGAACACAAAAUAUACUUUACUCUUGCUUCAUAACAGUAACAAAUUUGAGCUGGUUCUGCAUUUUAAAUUGGAUUAUGAACUGAAAGAACCCAUAAAGUUGCUUUCUGGCCCAACGGUUUUAUGGAGCCAUGCAAAAAGCCUGUUUCACAUUUCUCCCCAAACUUGCACUGUUUUAUGUGCCCCUGUUCAGCUUUGUUCCAUCAAAUGGGCCGGUGAGAUUAAGGGUGAGGGUGCUGUUGUUCUGGGAACAAGAGCUGCUUGUUUGACAGACAGAGGCAAUGGGCAAAGUGUUCCCAAAUCAGAUGCAUUCAUCUGGGGUACCGAGUGCUUUGCCUAUGCAGUGGAGAAACAGGAAGCGCUAACAAGGGCCACUUUUGUUCCUCAUGCUUAUGGUGGCGUGGUAGCGUGUGUGCACGUUUGUGAAGUCGAUGCCGUGAGAAGCAAGUUCAGGACGUCAGUUGUCGCAGUCACAUGCAAAAGCCAAGUCAUCAUUUUCCAAGAUGGUCUACCGAAAGAUGUUCACCAGCUUCCAUAUGAGAAUCCUUGUUCUGUACAGGUAGCAGCAGUGGAAGGAAACAGCCAGUUGGUGGUUGUAACCUUUGCUUCAGGAGAUGUGUGUGCACUAUGGAAGCGUAAUUUACAGGUAUUGAUCUGAUACUUUGUUCUUAGGCUUGCAAAGGUUCUGCCUUCUUGUGUUAUGCAAUAUGCUCGACACAAAUCUCUGCAGAAACCGAUGCACGUAUUGAGUGAUUGAGCUUGCCUAUAUUCUGUUUUCCACAAUAGGCAGGGCCCAAAGCGGCUUACAGCAAACAUUCAAAACAUUGUAUUUCCAGUGCUCUAUAUUACAAAUGGAACAUAUCAGUAAAUUCAAAAUGACGAAAAAACCCAAACACAAUUUGGAAAACACAGAAUAAAUUCAGUAUUACAAAAAUGAUAACAAUUGAGUCUUAAGAACAUAAAUACAAAGCAAAAAAGGGGUUAACAAACAAUACAGUUUCUAGUAUUGGUUUUACUGCAUUCCGGGGAGCCUGGCUACACAUAAGUUCAGACGUGAUGGGUAGAUGACAAACAGCUGGUAUACAGGCUAGAUGACAUAUAGCUGGCUCCCACAUCUCCUCCAGAGGAGGAUUUUCCUAGCAGUUGAGAUGAAUAGGGAAGCCUUUUGCCUACAUGGAAGCUUCAAAUGCAUACUGGAUUUCUGAUGUUGCAGAACCUCUUGUGUGUAACAGGGGUAGUGAGAUGUGCUGGGGCUGAUGCCAACCCAGGUGUCAUUCUACUUUCUUUGAAAGUCAUUCCUCUUAACACAGAGCUCAUGGUAGUUACUCCAUGUUGAAGCUCUCUGUGGAGUCAUGGAGGCAAAUUUGAAAUAAUUUUCUAACUUGUUCCAGGGCUGAAUAUAUGUAGAUGCUGGGGCUAAGUCCUCACUCAAAUGAAGUCCUGAACAAAGGCACAAAACCAAAUACUUGUGUGUUCAAUGAACAUAGGUGCACCAGAAAUAAAUUUCAGAAGAAUGAAAGAAGUUUUAAGUAUGCAUAACACAGCAGAUGAUAAAAUGUCCAUGCUCCAUCUCCUAAGGAUGGAUUCACACAAUGUUUGUCGCUCUUGAAAUUAACUGAAGAAUAAAAUUGCUUGAAAUGUCCGUUAUAACUGUAGUUGGUGCAUUGUGGUCUAGCUGCUGCUGCGCCAUACUAGCUUAAGCUGUCUACUAUGAGAAUAUUUUCAUUUCAUGUGCAUAAUGUAGAUAUUAACGAAAUGAAACAUUUCUAAUGUUACCUUACAUUGCAGGUGGUUUCUUCCUGGAAAAAUGUGAGGUCUAUUCUGGUAGAUGAUUUUGUUGGCAUUGGAACGGAACAAAUCUUAGUUCUUCUAAAGACUGACUCCAUCUCAGAAAGUUUAAAUACAUUUCAAAUAUCCAAUUUUGGAAAUGUUCACCAUGUGGUAAGAUUUACUGAUUGGGGAAAUUGUUGGGAAAGGUUUCUGUAAGAGGUACAGUGGUGCCUCGCAAGACGAAAUUAAUCCGUUCCGCGAGUGUCUUCGUCUAGCGGUUUUUUCGUCUUGCGAAGCAACCCUAUUAGCGGAUUAGCGCUAUUAGCGGUUUAGUGGUUAUUAAAGGCUUAUCGGCUUAGCGGAUUAGCUGCUAAAAGGCUAUUAGCGGCUUAGAAAAAGGGGGGGGAGCGAAAAAAAAUCUCAAGACUCGCAAGACAUUUUCGUCUUGCGAAGCAAGCCCAUAGGGAAAUUCGUCCUGCGAAGCAACUCAAAAACGGAAAACCCUUUCAUCUAGCGGGUUUUCCGUCUUGCGAGGCAUUCGUCUUGCGGGGCACCACUGUAUUUGGCAAAGAGUCAUUUGCCUUACGGUUUGCUUUGAUUCAAAUUGAGGAGGUUUGGAAGAAGGUGUGCCUUGCAGAAUCAAAUGCCUUUCAUAACUCUGCAGUGGCCUUGUUUUGACAUAAUGCUGAACCAUGCCUCUGAGAACCUUUGUCUUGCAUAUGCUCCCAUCUCUGGCAUGGCUACAAGGAAGAAUUCCUUUUUAGAUUAACUGCAUUCUGCAGAGUCAUCCAAAUUCAAAUGAACUGGUUAAUCUUAACUGUGGUCUGUUGGAACAACUCAGUUUAAAAGAAUAGUUUCUGAAGUUAAGUUGUUUCAAUUAAGCACAUUGAAGAUCAAUGGCAUAUGAAACUGGUUAAUCUGAAACAGGAACAGAAGCUUCUGAUCUUGUGGAGGUGAGAUGGGAAGUGCUUGAGCCUAAUACCUAAGGCUUACGUAAGAACAAGCUGCAGUUAUGUCCAAACCAGGCUACUAUGUGCUAUCAAUCUCAUCUUUCAUAAACCAGUAGAUGUGUAGAAUUUUUUUUAAAUGGUUGGGGUAUAAUUAAAGUACAUAUAUUUUAAUAAAUCUAUAUUGCAUCAAAUCUACAAUAUUAUAAUUAUAUGUAACAUUUAUUAUAAAAAUACAGAAAUGUAGGCUUUGAAGUGGAUACAAUUGUCAUUUUCACUUGGGUGGCAUAUGAAUGGAAGACUUUUACUUGGUCCUUGUGUGGCUCAGUUUUCCACAUUCGUGCCUCGCUUACUUUCUGGCAUAGAGUUAAAUAUGUUUUGCCUGUCUUUAGAAUAACAUAAGCUAUGAAGAUGACUCACAUUCUACACAAGAGCUACAGAAGAACCACUUCCUUACUAUCAAAGGACUUGAAGCAAGAUUGCAGGUUUGGAUCCAUUAUCUGCCUCUUGAUAUGUCUUGACAACCCGGGGUUUGUUUUGUAUUAACGAACUCUCAUGCAGCAUAAACUCUGUUUUGGAUCAUUCCAUUUCGUUGAUGUUUGCAAAUGCAGAACCAGGUAGUUGUACUGAGUAUUCCCUGCUAUAAUUACUGUUGAGUUGUGUUGAGGGAAUCUUAACUUACUGGAGUGUUCAGUGUCUAAACUCCUCGCUGUAUUCUGUGGGGCUUACUCUCAGGUAUAUGUGCACAGGGCUAUAGCCUUGCUCUCUUCAGGUUUUGAAAUACUGAUAGCCAUCACUAGGUUGUUUGGAAGCUAGGAAAGAAAGGCUUGUUGCCCAUGAUUCACUUUCCAACCCAAAUUAAAAUAAGGGAUAAGCACUAUGAAUUAUUGUCGCACUGUUGUCUGGCAUCCUUCUCUUGCCUUGUAUAUGUCCUUGAAAACCUAACGUUGAGAUGAUGAUGCUUUUCUUAUUGUAGGUGCCUUGCUGCUGACUUUAUUUUACAUCAAGUUUUGUGGUUGUCUACUGUGGAUGACACAUAUAACCUUAGCUGCGACUUUGCUGUGAAUUCUUAUGAAUCACUUAUAAAGACCUUUGAUGGGAACAGGCCAUUGGCCAGGAAUGAUAGGAAUUCAUUCAUUCAUUCAUUCAUUCAUUCCCAUUCAGCCUUUACUGGCAUAAUUUUUGCUAGUAAAUUAUGGGCAAAAUCCGGAGGGCUACAGAUUAGCGGUUUAGGUGUCCAAGGGAUACAUGCAAAGAGCAAAAGGGUAUCUACAUCAGCCUAGCUGAGGACUGGGAGUAUAAAAGAAAGGCAGGUUGCUGAAAGAAACUCGAUGUCCAAAGUUCAGGUAACUGCACAAUUUCUGCAGUCAGUGAGUAGCUACAGAUGUUUCUCUCUGCAUUGUCGGUUUCAUCAAAUAAUUAUCACAGCAACCACAGAACUUCCCAUUUCUAUGUUGAGCUAUGGUUUUUAUAUUUUUUAACAAUGAGAGAGGAAUCUACAACUGUUAGCUCUUUUAAUAUCUUGAAAAAGAAAAGCAUCUACUCUCGCAGUGUCAUCAUUAUGAACUUUCUAACUCCUUUUGUAUCCCGUAGGCUGGUUUUGCUUCUGUUCGAGAGCUACAGCAGCAUUUACGGCUCAAAGAAAAGGUUCUGGUGGAAAGUUGUGGAGCAUUGAUUGACCUAGUUCAAGACCAAAAACAUAGUCUUCCAAGUGCGGAAAAGGUAUACGACAUGAAGAUUUUUUUUUUCUGUAACAGAGACGUGUUUUUUUAAAAAAUAUAUAAACAGGUUUUGUUUCCAUUCUUCUAUAAUGGGUAGGGACACAGGCUUCCAAUACUUUGCAUAAGAGUCACUCAUUGGUAGCUGUAACCAUGUAAGAAAUAUUUCUCUAUGUUUGGGGUCAACUUUUUUCACUAAAGCCAAAAAUAGCCAGUCUUUAAGGAAAUACAGGUACAAAAUUUUGUUGCCAAAGGACAUGACUAUCAGAAAGGUUCCUGUGCCAUACAUAUAUUUUCAGCUCAAAGCCUUCCAGUCACUGGUUCCUUUCCAUAGUUUAUGUGGAGUAAUACAGAACUCUGUCUGUUCACCAAUUGGUGGAAUUCUCUCUCAAAUUAGAACAAAGGAACAAUUCAAAAUGGGCGCAGUUUUUGAAGUUGUCAGGUAGGUAAAUAGCUGCAGCUGUGGAUUGGAAAAAAAACCCUACAGAGGGUUAUGGAAACUCUUUAGCAUAUUUUUUGUUGUAAAAGUGGAGUGUGCCAUACCAAUUUAUCUUUUAGCUGAAAUAUAUGAAGAAUAGUAGUGUUUUCCUGGUUCCGGAAUUGUCUGAACUGUGACACAGGCUUGUUUUGGGCAUAUGUGUAGAUGUGUGUAUCUUUUCUUGAAAGGCAGGUCUUGUUUCCCUCUGGGAUGAACCAUUGGAUAAUGGCACAUCAACUCCAUCUAUAGACAAAGAGCAGCUUGUGCAGGAGGUUUGGCACCGUGUGGUAGAGGACAACUUAGUCGUUGGAGUGAAACUAAUGGACACAUAUGACUUGUAAGUUGUAUAAAUCCUAUACAUGAACUACAGAUAAAUGCUGCUAUUGGUAGAGAUUAUAUAGCCUACAACUGCAAAAUUAAAAAAUACAGUGGUACCUCGGGUUACAUACGCUUCAGGUUACAUACGCUUCAGGUUACAGAUUCCGCUAACCCAGAAAUACUGCUUCAGGUUAAGAACUUUGCUUGAGGAUGAGAACAGAAAUCGCGUGGCGGAAGCGCAGUGGCAGUGGGAGGCCCCAUUAGCUAAAGUGGUGCUUCAGGUUAAGAACAGUUUCAAGUUAAGUACGGACCUCCGGAACGAAUUAAGAACUUAACUCGAGGUACCACUGUAGAAAAUAGAAGAGUUAAGAAUGGCUCCGAAAGAAAAUGCAAAAAAAAUUCCUGAGUUGGAUGAAUGUAUGUUAGAUUUAUAUGGUAUAAAUGCAAGGUACAUUUUAGUGUCUGUUUUUGUUACUAUGAAGAAACUGUAAAUCUCGAGUAUAUCAAGAGAAGAUCACAGUACACUGCCAUUCCUCCAUUUGUUUUUUGUUUCUUAAGUCUGCAUUUUUCAUUUUUUGAACAGGCUGCUCAGUGACGUGCGUUUAUCUUUGGUAAUGGGUCGAAAACGCCCUUCGGCUUUUCCAGCUAAGUGCCGCUGCAGCGUAGUUGCAUUGAAGAAAGCUGCGCCGGCAGAAUCCGCAUCCCACUGGCAACUGGAGCCUCUGCUUAAAAGGAUCAAGCUCGAUUGCCAUAAUGGGAAGGAGUGCAAUGGGGAACCUUCUCAGGUGAAGGUGGAUAGGACAAAAAGCUUCACUGCAGUUACCCAGCUGUCCCCUUUCUUAGCAUUGCAUGAAGUAGGCUGCGUGGUACUGUUACACGCCACGAAGAGAAGCUGCAAAGACGACGAACACCUGCAGAAAAGCAAAGGAAUGACUUUAUUAUGUGGGAAGAUUUUAUUAAGUCUGGCUGAGAUUUCUGCUGGAAAACGUUCGAUAAAUCUAAACGAUUAUAAAUACACAGGUAAACUUUUUAUGCAGGGAUUGGUAGCUACUUGCUGUACUUUUGGGACUGUUUAUUUAAAAGCUAGAACUGCGGGUUGUUGUUUUUUGAGCUUACCUGCUGUAGUAUAGGAAAUGUUGACCUUAGUUAGCAGACCUGAACAGGAAUUGAACCCAGAACAGCCUUACUUGGUUUCUGACUUAGGUAUUUUGCCAGUUCUGUCCCAAAGAGCUGAAUAGGUGGCAAUAGUUUUCUUUAGAGCCAAAACAUUACUUUAAAAAACAAUGGAACACUUAACAUUUCUCCCCAUCUCUUAAACAAUGUCUAUUCUCUCUCUCAUUCCACUCCACUCUGAUCUGGAUGAAAGCUUCAAAUUUAAUUUGUGUCACUAGGAAGAUGACUUAAUAAUUCUUAAGCAGCCCCCUGAGCGACGAAGAGGUUGUUCUUGGUUGGUUUUAGGGAUGAUAUGCAGAAUGUGGGAGGGAUGUUGUCACCAAACAAGCAGUGCUACGCUGAUUUUAAAUUACUUGUUGACUGGCACCAAGAGUUUACAAUAGGGCAGCAAAAAUUAACCACAAAUGCCUUCCUAUCAUAAAAUAAGCAAGUCUAAAGGGAUACAAUAUCUAGCUCUCGGAUUUGAUCUCGGAUUUUGCUUAAUUGAAGGAUUUAAAACGAAGGGGAAACAGUUGAAGGGAUGCUUUGAAUGCCCUGCACACCGUUUUAAUUUCACGAAUGCUUUUCUGUCCCUGCUGCAGGCUCCAUAAAAGAUCUUGUUGCACUUUGUGCAGCAUCACACAAGGUGUCACUUCAAAUCAUUUCCUCUGACUAUACAUUGAUUCACAUAAAAACAUGGCUGCAGGAACAAAUGGAGUGUGCAGCCAUAAAAGAAUAUCCUGAUACUUUCAUCUCUUGUAAAUCCGGAAAUCUGAAUGGCACUGUCUUCAAGUGGAAUCUCAAAACACCAUUUGAAGGAACUUUAACAGUAUUUUACAGGUAAUGGCAAUUGAAAAGCUGGGGAUACCUUUCUCACCUCAUUUUGCCUCGUGAGCAUGACAGCUAUAGACAUUGCUGUGCUAGCAAUCUAAGACCAUUUUGAAUAGCUGUGCUAUGCUAGCCAAAUGAGUAGGUCAUUGGAUUCUCUUGUAAACAUUUUAAGUGAUCUGCAUAAGUGAGCAUAGAAGACCCCACAACUAUAAUUACAGAGGCUUCAUUCAAUGAAGAUGAUAUAAACUUGAAACAAGACACCUUGUGGAAUUUUCAGAACUAACAUUGCUAUCUGCCUUAUGGAAACAUGUUCCACUUUGAAUUUGGUAUUCAAGCAAGCCAGGUAGAAGCAGGUGGGCACAGCCAUAGAAAAUACACGUAACUUCCUUAGAAUUUUGCUCAGUCAUUUUAGAGGAUAUUUUUUACGGGACAGGUUUUCAUUCUCAGUGAAUAUUCUUCCAAGUAUUCUACCUUAGAAAGAGCUUUUAAAUGCAAUAAAAUAUUGAGUUGUGAAACAUAUUUCUGUUAUGGCUUAAUUCACUUGUGUAAACAUGUUUAUAUCCUAAUUCACAUAGGGUUUCAUUGCCUUGGUCAUGGAACUCAGCUCACUGAAUAGCUUCAAAGAACCUCAUUUUCCCUUUCAAAGAUUACUAAUACCAAACAUACUAAUCUCAGUCACAAUGCAUAUUUUGAGCACAAUAUUUAAACAGAUUGUUUAAGUAAAAGCCAGGCAUGGGGAACCCACAUUUCCCAUAGGCUCCAACUCUCAUCCCCAGCCAGCAUGGUCAACAAUCAGGAAGGAAGAUAAGAGUUGUGGUUUAGAGGACUGCAAGUUCCUCCUCCCUGCUCUAAACCUUAAUUGUAACUUCUCAGGGAACAUUACUGUCAGUAUAACUUGCUGAGCCCUGCUUGCUCCUGCCUUUCCCCAUACUUUGUAUUUGUUCCAAAUUCCUUUUUUCACCUUUAAGUACGGUGCUUCAUGUUCUGAAUAGCUUCUGGUUUACAUUUAAACUUCUGCUGGUGAAUUUUUAUGAACAAUGAUAACUGACCUUUUUUUUUACAAAUCUGCUUUACAGGCAUCAAACGAUUUUGUUCCAGUGCCUUCAUAACCUUACCAGAUCGUUGCCACCAGCCUGUAAGAUAAAACCACUCAGGGUCAGAAGCAAGAAGGUACUUGCUGAGCAGCUUGCACUAACUUUAGAAAAGGAAAUGGUCACUCUCCGGCAAGCUUCCUCCGCAGCUCUAAGCCAACUUGAAAACCACUUGUCUCUGAUUUAUGAGGAAAGCAAAGAAGCAAGUAGCAUCUCUGCGGUGCAACAGUUCAGAGAGCAGUUUCAAAGGGAGCAGAAGCAAUGCAUGCUGGGUAUGAACCGAACAGUGGGUGGUGCCUUGUACAGGAGACUCAUUUUGAAUGUAUUUGAAUCGCAGCUGAAUUCUGACACAAUAGCAUGGCGGUGCUCAUUACUUGGCAAACUUCUUUGACUUAUUUCUUAGCCAAAGCUAUAAUGUGACACACUUCACAUCCCUAUUUAUGAUUAAAAUGAAGAAUCCAUUAGUGCUCUUAUAUUUGUUCAGCAAGUGAUCAAUUGCAAGGGAAUUAUUUUGCAACGUUUCAAAGAGCUAUAGUGAAAUGCCUGCCUGAACAAAAAGUAUGGUGGUCAGUAAGCUGCCUUCUGUCAGUAUUCUGUAUUGAGACUCCCCAUGCUUGUGCAUCUCUACUUAGAGCAACAGGUUGGGGAAGAGAGACAGAGGCCUUGAUUUCCUGUCACCUGCCUUUCUCUGUUUCGCCCACACUGCUGUUUCGUGUACCCAACAGAUUUUUAAAAGUCUGUGUUUCACCAUAGCUUCGGAAAAGAUCCUACAUCAUAAACUCUGCACCCUGAUACAAUGGGAGAGUAAGGGUAGCCAUUGUUUGUUUUUUUCACUGGGUGAACUGGUUGCCCAGCAGCUUGCUAUCCUAAUUAGGUCACAGAAGUACUGUGGCCAGAAUACUCACUGAAAAUGAGUUGGCAAGAGGUAUUUCUACAGUUUUUCAAAACCGCAUCUCAAUACAUUUCUCAAUACAUACAUGGGUACACUUCUGCUGUUCCAUGAACAAAGAUACCCAGAAUAUAUUUCCAUUAGGUAUCUUUUAAACUUCUAUGCAUACUUGUGCAAGGAAUGUUGCAGACGUUAGCCAGCCUGUUGGCACAUCCCAAAGUCAGCCUCUGUUUCAUGCUUCUUUAUGUUUCCAAAAACCUUUCUCCAAUGAUACUUCUCCUUUCCAAUAGCUCCAUUGCACUUAUUUCUCUUUGGACACUUUUUUUAUCUUUUUAUUGUGGUGGAGUAGAAGCUUUCCACUCAUCUUUACAUUUGAUUCUAUUGACUACAGUUGGAGAAUGUAAUGCACAAUAUACAUUGCAUUUGUGUUUUUACAGACUGAUACAGGAGUUGCUGAGCAACCGAAAGCUAGCAACGUAGGCAAACCAGAUUCUUGGCUUUCUAACAAAUGUUAAAUCUCGGCAUGUCUGGAGACAGGCUGUUUUUUUAUAUUUGUCUUACUUGUUUACAUGCAUGUUGUAACCUGUUUUUUAAGCUACAGUAACAGGAAACUUGAUCACGCCACCUAUUAAAUAUCAUCAAACUUCCCAAUAAACAUUGUUUAUUCCAUAUUGGGAUUACAGAAUUGUUCUUCAUUUCAUAUAUUGGUGAAACAAAACAGUUUCCCUACAGCUGUGCAGAGAGCUGAAAGCUCAUUAAUAAUCUUCAUGCGCUAAAUGGUGUUUUUAAUGGGUUUCCAAAUCUCUGCUCAAACCUAUACAUUAUGAUGGCUAUUUAGUGUCAUUCUUCUCAAUAGGUCCCUUAGAUGUUAUGUUCUGCAAAUGGGGCCUGCUGAAAAAUAUUUCGGAUUGGGAGUCUUCCUGUUCAGGGUUCUUGCCAGCCAGCCAUGCUCUCUCUUUGUCCCAUGCCCUCUGCUCCUCCUCUUCACAAUUUUCUGCUUUUCUCUGCAACAGUCCCCUUCUAUUCCAGGAAGCAUGUUCAGUCUUUCUCAAGCUCUUCCGUGGGUUUUUACCUUUCAUUGUAUUUUUUACUGUGCAUCUGCAAACCUUGAGGUUUUCCCCAGAGCUGUUGAUACCUCUCAUGUGGUUCUGGCUACAUAAGGGUCUAUCAUUUAUAGAAGAAGCCUGUUUCUUCAAAUUUAUAUACUUGUUUUAAAAUUGUUUUCUUCAUGUAGAAGAGAUGGAGAGGGGGAAAUACAGAACAUUGUAGGCUGUAGCUGCUUCUUUUGCUAGAAGCAUAGCGAGCAGCAACUUUCUUAGGCCUGGGUUUACAUGUGUUGCAGAAAGAUGUUAAGCUUUUGAUAACUACCCCAUGUAAGAAACUGCCUGUAAUACGAAGAAAUAUCUGGCGGCUGUUUGGGUGACUCCUUGUUAGCUUUGACUGGCAAUUUUCUGAAAACAUUAUCAUGCACUUGUAGAUAGUUAUCCAUUAAAUACUUUUGAAAGUAGCA